AGCUGGUUGGCUCGCCUCGGAGUCGGACUCGAAUCGAAUUGCCAUGGCGCCGAAAAGGGGCAGCAUCAUGGCAGCCUUCAAGAAGGAGCAAGCGACUCCAGAGAGUAAGCAAGCAGCAGCAGGGGAGCCUGGAAGAGCGGCAUGCGCAGAUGCCACUCCAGAAGGCCCCGCUAAGCGAAGACGAAUGGACAAGAAGGGGCCAGAGGCGGCAAGGCCAGAGGAAAAGAGCGUAGCGCCGGUGACAGUGAGGCAAGAGCCAGAGCCGCACGUGGCCGCGAACCACGUCCCCAGCGACACGGGGCCCUGGUCGCUGUGGAGUGCAGCGGCUCCGAAUUGUAAAGGUGCCCAGGCGCUCCUCUCCCCCGCUUUCGAUCCAAAGCUCCGCGAGAAAGAGUUUCCUGUGGGUAAGCCGGUGGGCUUCUCCCUGCUCUCAUCCGCGCUGCUAGAGAUCGAGGAGUUGAAGGGCAAGGGCCAGGGCUCCCGGAAAAAGAUGACCGUCAUCCUGAGCAACAUGUUCCGCUUGCUCAUCCACGUCCGACCGCAGGACAUUAUUGCUGCCGUCUACAUCUUGAUCAACAAGGUGGCGCCCGACUACGAGGCUGCAGAGUUGGGGGUCGGGGAUUCCAUCAUCAUCAAAGCUCUGUGCGAGAACUUCGGACGGUCGGAGGCCACCAUUAAGCACGCCCUGGCAGUAGGAGAUGCCAAGGACCUGGGCGAAGUUGCGCUGCAAAGUCGAUUGUCAGCUGCCUCACCUUGAGGUCUUCUCUGAGAUGAAGGCCAUCGCACAUAGCGCCGGCAAAGAUUCCCAGAAAUCCAAGAAGGAGAAGAUCCAAAAGCUACUGGUGGCAUCUCAAGGAGAGGAGGCCAAGUACAUCGUGCGCAUGCUGCAGGCUAAGCUGCGGAUCGGGAUUCAGAUCCCCACGCUCUUGCAGGCGUUGGCCUAUGCCUUCACCCUGACGCUGCCGGGACAGGGCGCUACCUCGGGGCCCGCGCAGGUCACUGACUGCCGCCAUGGGCAGGGGAAGAAGUCUCCGGGGGAGCUGGAGCUGCAGAUGGUGGCUAUGGAGGCUGCUGUGAAGCAGGCCUUCAGCGAAAUGCCGAACUUUGACCAUUUGAUCAACUCGUUGCUGGAGGGUCGCAACAGUCGGUCCUUGUUGGAGGUUUGCCGCAUCUCCCUGGGCGUGCCAGUGAAGCCCAUGCUUGCCAAGCCCUCCAAAGGCAUUGCAGAGGUAGGCGAGCGCCUCGCGGGGAAGCGCUUCACCGGGGAGUGGAAGUACGAUGGCGAGCGCGCGCAGAUCCACGUGCUCUCCCGGGAUACCAUCCAGAUCUACAGCCGGAAUUCCGAGAACAUGACGGAGAAGUACCCGGAUGUCAUUCAGGUGGUGAAAGAUACCUUGGCGCCGGACGUGGAGAGUUGCAUCAUCGACAGCGAGUUGGUGGCCUACGAUCAAGUGAAAAAGAGGAUCUUGCCGUUUCAGGUGUUAACCACAAGAGGGCGGAAGAACAUCGUUGUGGAGGAUAUCAAGGUCCAAGUUUGCCUCUUUGCCUUCGAUUGCAUGCUGCUCAACGGCCAGCCCUUGGUGAAGGAGCCACUGGAGGUGCGUCGGGACAAGCUGUGGAAGAUGAUGUCGCCCCUGGAGGGCAAGGUGACAUUUGCAGUGCACAAGAACUUCGAUGAUAUCAAUGAGGAGGAGAUUCAGGCCUUUCUCGACGAGUCCAUCGCGGGCUCUUGCGAGGGCCUGAUGCUCAAGACGCUCACGGAGAACGCCACCUACGAGCCCUCCAAGAGGUCUUUGAACUGGCUCAAGCUGAAGAAGGACUAUAUGGACGGCAUGGCCGACAGCAUCGACGUGGUGCCCAUCGGGGCCUACUAUGGCAAGGGGAAGCGCUCCGGGGCCUAUGGAGCAUAUUUGCUCGCCAUCUACGACCAGGAGAGCGAAGAGUUCCAGACGGUGUGCAAAGCCGGCACCGGCUUCUCGGACGAGGACCUCAUCAUGCACUACAAGUUCUUUAAGGAGCACCUGCGCCCGUGUGCGGAGACCAACUAUCACGUGCACGACAAGCUGAAGCCGGACGUGUGGCUGGAGCCGUGCCAGGUCUGGGAGAUCAGGGCGGCUGAUUUGAGCAUCUCUCCCGUGCACACCAGCGCCUUCGGCGUCAAGGCAGAUGGGAAGGGCAUCGGCCUGCGCUUCCCGCGGUUCCUGCGGAUCCGGGAGGACAAGACCCCUGAGGAGUCCACGGGCGCGGAUCAGAUCCUCGAGAUGUUCGAGGCGCAGGCCUCCACUGGCGGUGCACCCGCGGACGAUGACUUUUGAGGAGCGGACUGCGUGUGCAAGAUGCGCUAGGCAAAGAGAGAGGGGCUCGGCUGACGGAGAGAUGCGGGGGGGAUGCAUUCGCAGGUCCGAGCGGGGCGAAUGUUCUCAACGCUUCCCUGGAGCUCGCAGACUCGGUCGCUGUUUUCUCGGGUUUUCAGGCAAUUUGUAAACCAAACAACGGGCCGC